AUGUCACCAGCUGCCAAAAAAGUCUUGACAUGUUCGCAUGUUUUCAAGCCAGCCAUCAACGGCAUCUCCAGCUACAAGCGACGGUCGGACCUCGUCUAUUGCGCCUUCGGUAACAACCAGAGAUUGCCACGUCUCCGGAGCCGGCUCUUGGCUCCGACUCUGAGCGGCUCCGGUUCCGAGCCGGGAGCCAGAGAUGGAGCCGGAAAUUUUGGGUGUGGCUCCGGCCCCCGAGCCCAAAGUCGGAGCCAGGCAUCUUAG